AUGUCGAAAAUGCAGAGCCUUGGCGCUGCCUUUCUCAUCAUUGGGAUUGCAGGUGCGUACGUCGCGCCCACGACCGUUGAGGACCUCGCUGCGGCAGCGGUGGAGCGGGAGGAGAGUGAGUGCAAUGCGGGUGACGCUGAGUGCAAAGAUCUCCACUUGGCGCAGCUGCGUGCGGUGAAGAAGGACGGCCAAGACUCGGAGAACUACCUGCAUGGCUCGGAACACAAUCUCGACUACCUGGGUGCAUCGGAGCCUGCUCCAACGGGCUGGGGCAGUGGCGGUUCGAGCUACAACGGCGGCUCGAGUGGGGGCUCGAGCUACAACGGCGGCUCAAGCUCAUGGGAUGGCAACGGCGGGUCGAGCUUCAACCCCGGCUCGAGUGGGGGCUCGAGCUACAGCGGCGGCUCGAGCUCAUGGGAUGGCAACGGCGGGUCCAGCUUCAACCCCGGCUCCAGUGGCGGCUCGGGCGGCGGCGGGUCGAGCUUCAACCCCGGCUCGAGUGGCGGCUCGAGCUCAUGGGGUGGCGGCGGCGGGUCGAGCUUCAACCCCGGCUCGAGUGGCGGCUCGAGCUACAACGGCGGCUCAAGCUCAUGGGGUGGCAAUGGCGGGUCGAGCUUCAACCCCGGCUCGAGUGGGGGCUCCCACUACAACAGCGGCAAUCAGGUCGGCGGCUCGAGCCAAUGGGGUGGCAGUGGCGGCUCGAGCUACAACGGCGGCAGCCAAGUUGGCGGCUCGAGCCAAUUCGACCCUACUCCCACAGGAAGGCCACCCUACUCCACUACGGGAAGGCCACCCUUCAACGGCGGCUCCGGCAAGCCACCCUACGACGGCGGCAACCAUGGCGGCUCCGGCAAGCCACCUCAUGGUUGUGGGAAGCGGGCAACGCCGUGCAGAUCGAACAAUGAGUGUUGCAGUAACAUAUGCAACUAUGCAUAUUACAGCUGGACUCAGACGGCGCCGCCUAUGCCGUACAUGUGCACCACAGCUCCAUGGGUUCCCCCGCCGAAAACCUCCCUCAUCAUCAUCAUCAUCAUCAUCACCAUCAUCAUCAUCACCAUCAUCAUCAUCAUCAUCACCAUCAUCAUCAUCAUAAUGAUGCUGAUGAUGACCAGAAACCUCUACACAUGCAUGAUGGACUACACGCAACUCCCGACGCAGCUGGACCAGCGCUUUGAGCAGCUGGAAACGGGGGGCGCGCUACGAGCCGCCAUCCUGGAUCUGUCGCAGAAGGCACUCCUCGCGCAACCAAGCGAGAAAGCUCUUGCGAAAGACGACCAGAAGAAGGAGAAGGAGGCGGCCUUUGACCUCCUCGAUGCGCUGACGAAGUCCGGGGCCUUGCCGCUGGUGAACGCCAGCCUUCACGUGGUAGUCUCGGCCACACACUGCUUCGACAAAACGGUGACAGAGACUGUGAUCCAAGACAACAUGAACCCAAUUGAGAACGUCGAGCGUUCUGCGUUGCUCAUGGCCGCUUGUUUGCUUCUACCAUCCAUCAGCAGCCAGUUGCUGCACUGGUUCGUGCCCUUUGGCCCAGACAUCCUCUCAGAGGCCUGCGCUGCCACUGUACAGCUGAGCCUCCACGGCGAUGUGCUUGGGAAGAUGCGCUUCGCUUCAGACCUGCUCUCUUGCAUAGCUGAGCUGGGCACAUUUGAGAACGAGAAAAGGUUUGGGGAAGCAGGUUUGCGCCGAAUGCGGUCGCCAAAAGACUGGAGGAACGAGGUUGUCUACAGCGUCAUGGUGGACCGGUUUGCGAAUGGUGACAUCAUGAAUGACCUCUAUAACAUCCCGCACUACCAGAAGCAGGAUUUGAAGACAGGGGAGCCUUGGAAUCUGUACCAGUGGCGCCACGGUGGCGACUUGCUUGGCGUCCUCGGAAGGCUCAGCUACCUAAAGCACCUGGGCGCCACAGUGGUGGCUCUGUCACCGGUCUUCCUGAACAGCGGGGGAGAGUACCACGGCUACUCCAUCUCAGACCUUGCAACGAUUGAUCCAGGAUUCGGUGAUGCGCAGCUGCUUCAGACACUGGUCGCCGAGGCGCACCAGCUGGGAAUCCGGGUAGUGUUGGACGUACAGGUGAACCACGCGGUGGCUGCUGGUCUCGAGUAUAGGUCCGUCCACGUGGAUCCUGUCUCGCAGGUGAGCAACUGUGUGGCGUCUUUUGAGGAGGCAGAGAUCCGCUGCAGCGUGAUGUCGUCCGAACUCGAGCAUGCCGCCAUCAUGAAGCGCAGCUGUGCGAUAGCGCGAUACAGCGUCAGAGACAAGCCCCUCUUGACCGAGGCACCAGCGGACCUUGUCCUUCGGCGUGCUUCCGCGGAGUUCUUUGCCCGCUGCGGGCCGAAGAGGGACCGGCCAAACAAUCACGACUUCUUCAACGAGCCCCAUGACAGUGAGGAGUACGAGGAGGAGCACGUCGCACCCCGUGUGAACGCCUUUCGCAACUUCAUGGCUCAGGUGUGUGAGCAGGUCUGCAUCGAGUUUGAGCGGGAGGUGACACAGAUGUCUGAGGAUAUCUUGAUGUACCGGGGUGAGUUGGCCCGCUGCGCCGACCUCCUGGCCUUUCAGUUGGGAAAGGAGAAGCAGUACCACAACAUGCUGGAGAAUAUAGCGGACAAUACGACGACGUUAAUAGGGAAAUCAGCGGAGCUGGGUCAAAAACAUGAUGCACACGAGCCCCUCCGCGAACAGAUGAACCAGAUCAUGGACAUCAUCAUGAACACGCACAAGGACGUGCAUGCUGGACACGGAGUCGCCCACAACGAUCACCGUCAGCUCGUUGAGAGCCACUUGCUGACAUCAGCCCAGCUGCAGAAUCAAGCGGAGGCUGUGCAGGCAGAGCUGGACAACAUCAUGAAGGUCCUCAACGUCCCGGUGGUCGCCUACACCAAGGCACCGGCUUUGCCCUCGCCGGCGGCGCCCGUCAAGACGAGCUCACCGUACAUGCCCUACUCGCCCCCGCAGGCAAACAAUCCGCAAUCUCCUGGCAUGUCCCUCGGGAGCCCGGCUGGGAAGAAGCCGCUGGGAGCCUCGCCCACGCGCACGAGCCCGCAAGGUCGGAACGAUGGCUCCAGGAAUGGCGAACCGGCAGUUAGCCUGAUGCUCUCAGCGGGGCUUCUCUGGACAGAGUUCCUCGGCGAUGCCCUCAUCGAGUUUGAUACGAUGAAUCCAUCUUUCCAGGAGGUUUCCACAAACUUGCUGAAGUACUGGGUGGCCUACGCCGACAUCGAUGGGCUCCGCUUGUCCUCUGUCGAUUUCAUCUCCGCCGACUUCACGGCAUACCUGUCCACGCACCUCAGGCACUACGCAAAGAAGCUGGGAAAGGCUCACUUCUUCCUCAUCGGCGAGGUGGAUCUUGCAGACCAGCCUUUCGGCCUGCAGCACUUGGGGACCAUGGCCGGCUCUCAUCCCGCCAGCCUGCCUUACCAGCUGAAACGCGCCAAAGAGGAGCUUUGCCCAUACUAUGCCGGUCUACAGCCGCCGACUCCAGGCCUGAUGGCAGCUUACCCGACGGCAGAGGUGGCACAACUCCGCUCAGUGACCAGCUCCCAGCUUCCACCAGCGGAGUUCUUCCAGGGCGCUUCGUUCCUGGCGGCGAAGGAGGUGCAGCGGGACAUUGGUUCUGUCGCUGAUGUCAGGUCGGCGUGGACAGCUGCUGAGUCCUAUCAGCUGCCACGACUGCUGUCUGUGACCACCAGCGACCAUGAAGAGCUCCACUCCUGGCGCAGCGUCGUCUCCCUGGCGUGGAGCCUCACCUGGCGGGGCAUCCCGGAAAUCUGGUACGGCGCAGAGUUUGGCUUCACGGGGCUCUGCUACGGCAACGAGGCGGAGCGGCAGGAGAUCUUGCAGAGGAUGGUAAGUGCAAAGAUCAGCCCCGGCGUGGCCGAGGAUGUGUGCAGCUCCUUUGGUGAUCAGGGCACAUGA